AUGGAUGGUGUUGGUGAGACUCAUUCUUUUGCGCAUCUUGUGUCAGAAUCUAUUUUAUCAAGCGUAAGUCACACACAGUACAAAUUAAUUUCUUAUUUUUUCAAUAGGGGAGAUCCUACACUGGUCAAGACAAACGUUGCAAUUACAACAGGCUACCUCAUAUCGGAUUUGCUGCUGAUAUUUUAUUAUUGGAAGGCAAUAGGCGACAAGUUUUUUGUAGUUCAUCAUCUGGCAGCGUUGUAUGCUUACUACUAUGUACUGGGCCAAGGAAUGUUGCCUUAUUUUGCUAACUUCCGCCUGCUAGCUGAGUUUUCUACACCGUGUGUAAACCAGCGCUGGUUCUUUGAGGUGUUGGGUUAUCCCAAGUCCUCCCGGCCCAACAUGGCAAAUGGCGUUGCCAUGGCAGUGGUGUUUUUCCUCGUCCGCAUCGGUGUCAUGCCAGUCUACUACAGUCGCAUGUAUGCGGUCUAUGGCACUGAGGCCUUCUACCUGGUGCCAUGGGGUGGUCGUGUAGCCUGGAUCUGCUCCAGCAUCUGCUUGGACAUUAUGAACAUAAUGUGGAUGCAUAAGAUCGCCCGUGGAUGUUACAAGGUCCUACGAUCAGCACACCGGAGCAAAGCUGGCACACCUCAGGAAAACGGCAAGACGGAUUAAGAGAACCAGGUGUCACUGGUGAGAACAUGCCACAGCAGAAACACUGACAACACUAUGUGCAGUGGCUCGUAGCAAGUUGGACCCUGGCAUGCAAGGCUGCUUCAUUAGCAGCCUACCUGGGACUUGAGAUUACAAGACCACAUGCAGGGAGGGAACUUGAAAGCAGGCACAGUGACCGAGAUGUACCAAUGGACCAUUUAAAAUGGCCAUCCCAAAGCCAUGAAAUGACCUCUUAGCAAUACUGUGUGCAUGGCCAAUUAUUUUUCUUGUGAAGGAUUUACCAGAAGAGGUCAUCCCGGGACAAAGCGGCUGUUAGCCCAACGACAAAUUGUCAAAAAGUUUACCAUUCUUUACGAACUUCGUGAUCAACAAAAGACUUUUGUAUUAAUGCUGCUGUCUGAGUCGCAGAAUGAAAACGAUGAAAUGGAUGGUGUUGGUGAGGUAAAUAUGUGAGGAAACCUCCAAAGCAUUUUGUGAAUCCACAUUGAUGGUCAGUGUCAUAAAAUCCUUGUUAGAUGCCAUUUGAGGGAUAUGUGAUUAAGAAAUAAUCAAAUUCCAUCAAGUGCAGUCUCAGAAGAAUUUGUGAUUUUAUUUUUUUUAAUUAAAUUAAUAUUUUUUUUUUUAAAUCACUCAACCCCUUGUAAUUUAAUUUUUUUUUAACCUUUAUUUAACCAGGAAGUGAAAUUCCAGAGAGUGAGAUGUUCUUUUGUGAGUGCCAAAAUGCGCAGAUACAAACCAGCAUUUAAAGUCUAUCAGAAUAACAGAAGUCAUAUAUGUUCAUUUUAAACGUAGGGUUGAAGACAAAUCGGUACAUAUAUGCAUUUUCUUACUUUUGUCUUGCUGGAGUCGAAGUACAAAGGGUUUUAAAGAUACAUAGGAUAUUAAUUAACUGGUAUUAUUUAAAAGGAGAUGUGCAGAGUACCUUAGAAAUACUAAAAGGGAAAGUGAAUGUUACUGGUGGUGUCUGUACAAUAAGAAAUUCAAGCGCAUCAUCAGAUGUUAAUCCAGCCAAGUUAUGUAUACAAACUGAUCACUUUGCUUUUAAAAAGUGUGUUGCUGAAGUGUUUUAUUCCACAUUCUCUUAGUUUUGCAUUAUGAAAUGAAUGUAGAGAGGUGAAACUCAACUGAGUCAGGGCCAAGGACAAAUAUGACAAAUUCAACAAAACCCAGAUUUUCACAGAAAAUGUUUUAACGCUUUAGUUGACCUGACAUUUAAUGUUUGUUUGCCCUUCCGAGUGUUACUUGUUGGCUUUUUUUUUUUUUGCCGCAAACUUAAUUCUAUACUUUUCUAGCUGUUGCCAAUCCUGCAGUGUACAUUUUUAGCUGGCACAUUGAAACAAAACAUCAAAAGUAGACACUGAAUAAUCUUGAAUCGAUGGCAGCGAAAUACUUCAAAAGUUGAGACGUGAAGAGCAAAAGUCUUGUAACAGCAUAACACAAUAAUUUUCAGUUUCAGCAUUUUUGUUUAGAUUUUAUUUACCCAGGAAGAUACAAAUCCUUUACAUAUAGGAGACGUUUAAGAUCUUUUUUUUUUUUUUACUACUUUUCUUUUUUUAAACAGAGCCGUAGUUUAACGUAAAGUCAACGACAAUCAGUAUUUCAGGUGGCAAAAUUUUUGUGUUAAUGGUAAUAGCUUUUGUGUCAUGUAUGACUUUCAAUUCACUCCUAAGGGUCCCAUACAUGAUGUUGUGGGUCCUGUUUAUUGGAUCGCUACAAGGAUUUUUCACUCAAGUGGACAUGCAUGGAAAGAUUUGAACAAUGCGUUUUGUUUGUUUUUAACAUAAUUCUACUUAAACUCAUUUAUGUUAAUCAUACAAUACAGAACUUGGGAAUCUUUCGGUAAAUUGGCAAAGGUCAACUGCUCAGUUUAAGUCAUAGCAGUUCACUGAAGAUUUGUGGUAUCUACUUGAAUAUUUGUUGCACCUUUUACAUGAGCUAUACAUCAAACACUUCUGUCAUGUUUUAUGUCACAGAAACAGGGAAUGUUAGUUUUAAAGUCUGCCUUUUUAUGCUCGGCAUUUGAUUUUGUUGCCUUUUUAAAAUAACAUGAUUGCACAGUGAAGACUUUGUUACACCCAGCUGACACCACUGGAAAAAAAUGUUGCUUUUCAGUGAUUUUUACUUGUUUUCCUUUACCAACGCCUGUCUAAUGUGAUUGUUUUUUGGCAUUUGUUAUAUAGUGUCAAAUGACAGAUUGAGAGGUUUGUUAAGGCUGGUUGUUUGUGUGCUUUUGUUGUUGUUGUUGUUGUUGUUGUUUUUGUUGAUCUGUUUGUGCCAGUGCUUAAACCAUUGCUACUCCAUGGUAAAUGCAUAUGUUCACCAUGAGGUUACAAUAUUUAUUUGUCCAUUUUCCCUCAAAAUGUUUUGUAUACAGUUGUGCCAAUUUGCAACCAUGGUUCUGAUUGAUUCUAUUUACAUUACCAUGUCUGCAUGCUGUGGCUGGUUGCAGAGUGGCAAGGCCCGGUUUGGUUUGUCCUGUUGUGAUGGAAUGAGAUUCUUUUAAUGUGCUAAUAUUUUUAUUUUUAUUUUUAUUUUUUUUAUUUUUUUUUAUUUUAUUUUUUAUUUUGGCAAACUAUUGUCGGACGUCAUCUUCUCUGCAGGUGAAUAUCACUACCAUAAAAUGAGGAGGGGUUGUCAUUUUAUGUUUCGCUGAAAUUGGAUGGAAAUAAUACAUUCUUAUUUGGAUGGCAGGCCACAAGCUCAUGCAUGAUCAAUAAGGUCUUCUUCAGGCAUCUUCUAUAACUGCAUGUGGAAUUGCAUGGGGAUUGCACUGUAAGCAAAUAUACAUUUGCAAGUUUUUGUUUUUUAUUUCUUUUUUGUUAGUACAUGUACAUAAUGUUUACUUAAAUGUUAUUCUUGUACUGUGCCACAUUAGGUAACUCACAGAACCAGAUAUUUAGGAUAAUAUCCAGCACAGAAAUAAACGGAAAGGGAAUACUUGAAUACUAAUCCUCACAGUUUAUAACAGUUUGGGCAGUGCAAAUAAACAUUAAUCUUAUGAGCAUCA